AUGGUCGAAUCGCUUUUCCCGCCCAUAAUAGACUUGCUCAUGCCGGAACACAAGCCAAAGACAGAAUCUGCACAAGGCAUGACAUCGACAUAUGGUCUGACACUCAAGAUUGAUGAUAUCCUCGAGCUCAUUCGAAAAGUGAUAAUAGUUCAAAUCGAUGAAGAACCACGAUCCGAAAUCACCCAAAUGGUUUAUCUACUACUUCUUAAAGUCAAUUUCAAACCAACUGUUUUAUUUCCAAAUCUCGAAAUGAUCGAAAUACAUGAACCAGAUCAAUCAGCAAUCAAUAUCUUCGAGAAAAUACUGGAUGUACUAGCGCAGACAUGUCGUCCCAAGAUCAUAUGUAUGAAUCUUACAAAUUGCGGUACUGCUUAUCACUCAUUUAAUCGGACACUCGAACUGUCUGAUCUCAGUAUAACAGACAAAAAACUCCAUAAAUUGUAUAUUUUUAAUAUGAGUGCUGGUCAAUUACCUAAACCGUCAACAUAUCAGAUCACAGUUUCAUUUCAUCACAAAGCAUUUGAACAGAAGAAACCUGAUCGUUAUGGAAGAUAUAGCAAUUCUCAAGCACUCAAGUUGAAUUGUUGUAAACAGUUAGCAAUUGUAAUUCUCAAGCAUGUUCAAGCCUAUCCUGAGGAUAAGUUCCCAGAUUACCCACCUCUCAAAGUAGUACCCUCACAAAGUGAAGUCGAAGAAUACCCAUCCCGUAACAUACAAAAAGCAGGCCGAGAAGGAAAUGUUACCGAAAAGACAAUAAGCCAGACAAGUAUGAUAUGCUCAAGAUUUGAUCAGCUUGUCGAGAUAGAAGCCGGGACCGCUGCCAGGAACCCAGAUCAAGAUGAAGAAGUAACCCAAAAUCUCAUUUCGGAAUGGAAAAGCAGAGUGAUCUUUGUCAAAAAAGAGGAAGCGAUCAAUGAACCUAUCGGUGAGGGGUGUGGGAGUAAGUGA